UGCGAUCUUUUCCUUAUCCUCUCUUCGCCCAAAGCUUCACGCAAAACCACUCAUCGGAAAAUCCAACCACUCGCCGUAGAUCAUAGAUUUCCGGCCACGCCAUCUGAUCUUAAUUUCAUCAUGUCGUAGUGCCGUAUCAAACCUUAUUAAUUAUGUUUAGUAUAAACCCUAAGCUAAACCAACUUUACUUAGCAUAAUUUCCAAGUUAUUCCAUUUUUACUCUAAUUUCAAGAUUUCUAUGUAUAAAUUAAAUUAAUCUACAAAAUAUUAAUUCGAUCGCUCUAGUGUUUCUUCAAUUUCUUCUUUGAGCUUUGUCAUGCCUUUCACGAUGAAGAUUCAGCCGAUUGAUUCUCAGGUUCCGGCUGAGAGGAUUAAGCCGGUGGUUAAGUCACGGCUUAAGCGUCUUUUCGAGCGACAAUUCUCCGGUGUUCUGAAGAAUCCACCGGUGGAGAAGAUCGGCGGUGGCGAUGAGGUGCAUCCACAUAAUUUCGUCGAUUUUGAACCGAGCUCGGUGUGUUUGGCGAAAAUGGUGCGGAGUUUCAUGGAAGAGAAUCAUGAGAAGCAUUCUGUUUCAUGUGCUCGUAACUGCUUCAACGGUAACUUUGAUGAUAGUUCCGAUUCUGAACUUCACCCGCUUGGUGGUGGUGGUGGUGGUGGUUCUUCCGGUGAAGCAUACGAAAUCCUCAAGGGUUUGGUAGCGUGUCCAAAUGUUUAUGAAAGAAAUUUGUUAGCAGAUACAACUAAGAUAAUUGAGAAGAACAAAACUAUGUGCAAACGUAAAGACGAUAAUUGCAGAAAAAUUGUUACUAAUGAAUUGUUAAUUCUUGGAUAUGAUGCUUCAAUUUGUAAAUCUCGCUGGGAAAAAUCCACUUUCUCCAUCGCUGGGGAAUAUGAAUACAUUGAUGUGAUGGUGGGAAAAGAGAGGGUGAUAAUUGACAUUGAUUUCAGAUCAGAAUUUGAGGUUGCUCGAUCUACAAAGACUUACAAAGCGAUUCUCCAAACACUUCCUUAUGUAUUUGUAGGGAAGAGUGAUAGGUUACAGAGUAUUGUGGCUAUAGCAUCUGAAGCAGCGAAACAGAGUUUGAAGAAAAAGGGUUUGCAUGUUCCACCUUGGAGAAAACUAGAAUAUGUUAGAUCAAAAUGGUUUUCUAGUUAUACAAGAAUUACACCACCUAUGUUUUGUCCUUGGUCAAGGGAAAUCAGUGAGGAAACUGAGAGAAAACAGAGGUUUUUGAUGGGUGGUGGUGAGUCUGAACUGAGUUGUGAUGAAUCAGAGUCAAAAGUGUUGGUUGAAUGGAAGCCACCAGAAUUGAAACCCAAAAAUUCUGUUCAGACUGGGGUUAAAGUUGUGACUGGUUUGGCAGCUGUAUUUCGUGAAAACCCAUGAAAUUUUGUUUUUGUUUUUUUUUUAACCAAAAAAAAUAUUCAGGUUUUUGUAUUUUUAUACAAAAUUUUUAAUUCUCUAUAGAUUGAGAAUUCAGAGCUUGUGUAAGUACUGUAAUAGGCUAACAGCUCUAUCCCCUUCUGGUUUUUAUUGUAAGGGAUGGUUUUUUUUACUGAUAUAAUAUAUAAUAUAUGAUAUAAUACUAAUAAUAUGAAUAAGAUGAGAUAUAUAUUGUUGGUUUAA